GUAUGCCCGUAGACAAGACACAAGAAAGUCAGUUCAGAACAGUUGUUUGAAUGAACUAAUCUUUGUCUCAAAAGUUGUACCGUCUUCAUUAUUUAAACAAAAAUGAAAAUUAUCUGGAUUUUAGUAUCAUUUAUCUUAGUAAAUGUUUUGGCUGACGGUUUGAAGGAUUCUAAGGAGGAUUAUAGGCAGCAUGUUUUUAUGGCUAAUAAAGAAAUCAAGAGAGCUUCUGAAUAUAAAAAGAAACAUGGAAGUGGACUGGAAAAUUUGAUUAAAACACUGGUUCGUCAGAAUCGUUCAUUGGACGAAUUAAAUAUGAUGAUCGCUAUGCCGGAAAAUAUGCACCCUGACCAACUGCAGAGAGGCGCAUAUCUACAGUUGAUAUUGCGAUAUGAAACACUGUAUAUAUUACCUAUUCCUGAGCCUGAGCCAAGACAAGGUCUUUUAGAAAACCCGUUGAAGCACUUAUUUCACUCUGAAGCACGGUUAACUUUGGACGAACUUGGAAAAGCUAGAAGAGAAUAUACUGGAAAAGCUGUGGAAAAUAUAAUUAGCAGUGGAUUGAAGUACCUUGAUGAUGGACAAGAAAAACAAUUCAACGAUAUCCACGUUUGUCGUUUGAUAGCGUUGUACACAAAUACUGAACUCCUCAAAAAUUUAAAAGAUUAUGUAAAACAUGCCGAGAUUGACGAUUCUGGACUUUGCAAAUUAACCUCUACAUCUUUAAUUUGGGACAAAACUUCCUACUACAAACAGUUUGGAGACCAAAUUUUUCUUGUAUCUGAAGGUGAAGAGACACUACUCUUGAAACCUGCUUCUUCGUAGUUUUCGGCCUUCAAGACCAUACUGACGACAAACAUAUACCACGCCAUAUUUCUCUAUCUCCAUCUAUUAUAGACCAAGAACCUAGAAAUAACUAAUCCCUAUACACUCAGCAUUUGUUUUUAUAACAAACAAAAUUACAUACAUUUUAUAGUAAUAUCGUUAGUAAUUAAAAUUGUUUUUUCUCACCACAAUAAUAUACAAAUUUGUUAAUUAAUUGUCUAUUGCAUUUUAUC